CAGUUCAAUUUGUUUGCUCGGCGGCGCAGAUCGUUGCGUGAGUUGCGGAAAGUAAUUGGCACAAAUUAAUUCCAGAUUGAUCAGUGUAUCAGUGUACUUACUGUAGUACCAACCCAAAUAUGCCCCUCAAUAUCAGCAAAGUGCUGGUCUGCGAUGCUGUGGACAAAUCCUGCGUGGAGCUGCUGGAACAGCAUGGGAUAAAGGUUACCUACAAGCUGAAACUCCCCGUGGAGGAACUGUGCCAGGAAGUGAAGAACUUCGACGCAGCCAUCGUUCGCUCGGAUACGAAAAUAACCGCGGAAGUUUUGGCCGCCGGAUCCGGCAAUCUGAAGGUCGUUGGCCGGGCGGGGGCGGGUGUUGACAACAUCGAUGUACCCGCAGCCACGGCGCAUAAUGUCGUUGUCCUGAACACUCCGGGUGGCAAUUCCAUUUCGGCCUGUGAGCUGACGUGCAUCCUAAUUGGCUCCCUCGCCCGUCCCAUCGUUCCCGCCGGCCAGAGCAUGAAGGAGGGUCGCUGGGACAGGAAGCUCUAUGCCGGCACCGAGCUGUAUGGAAAAACCCUGGCCGUUUUGGGACUGGGACGCAUUGGACGCGAGGUCGCCAUUCGGAUGAAGACCUGGGGCAUGCGGAUUAUUGGUUACGAUCCCAUCACCACGGAGGCGGAGGCCAAGGCGGCGGGCAUUGAGAAGAUGACGCUGGAGGAGAUUUGGCCACUGGCCGACUACAUAACCGUGCACACGCCGCUGAUUCCAGCUACCAGAAAUCUCAUAUCGGCGGAGACACUGGCCAAGUGCAAACAGGGCGUCAAGGUGGUGAAUGUGGCCCGAGGCGGCAUCAUCGACGAGCAGGCCGUGCUCGAUGGCCUUGAGAGUGGCAAGGUAGCCGGCGCGGCCUUCGACGUUUAUCCCGAGGAGCCACCAAAGUCUGCGGUCACCAAGGCCCUCAUCAGUCAUCCCAAGGUGGUGGCCACGCCGCAUCUGGGCGCGAGCACCUCGGAGGCACAGGUCCGUGUGGCCGUCGAGGUGGCGGAGCAGUUCAUCGCCCUCAAUGGCAGCUCGCCGAAGUACACCAGCUAUGCGGGCGUCAUCAACAAGGAGGCACUCGCCCAUUACCAGUGAAGGAAAUCGAAUAUCCCAACCAUCAGCACAUUCUAAAUUCGUUACUCAGCAUUCAUAAAUAAGUUUACAGCCAGCGAUGUAACUCAACGUAGAAACCAAAAUAUACAUACAAUUAAAAAGAAAAAGAAGAAUUUUCUUUGAAUACUCUCAAA